GAUUGGCUCUCCUUGAAUGUGUCGCAGCCUUGUCCACAUCGCAUAGAGAGCUUUCAUCAUGAUCUCCACAAGGCUCGCGCGCGUCGGUGCGAUGGCACCUAAGUCCCGACUUCUGUUCGGGGCUCGGGGCUAUGCCACCGUCGGCGAAUCUCCCCUCGACAAGAAGGUCGAGAUGACCAACUGUGAAACUGGUCACUACAUCAACUACAAGAAGAUGUCCCAGAACUUGGACAUUGUCCGUCAGCGUCUGAUGCGCCCUCUCACCUACGCCGAGAAGGUUCUGUACUCUCACCUUGACGACCCCCACGGCCAGGAGCUCGAGCGUGGCAAGUCCUACCUCAAGCUGCGUCCCGACCGUGUUGCUUGCCAGGAUGCCACCGCCCAGAUGGCUAUCCUGCAGUUCAUGUCGGCCGGUAUGCCGUCCGUCGCUACUCCUACCACCGUCCACUGCGACCACUUGAUUGAGGCCCAGGUUGGUGGUGACAAGGAUCUUGCUCGUGCCAACGACAUCAACAAGGAAGUUUACGACUUCCUUGCUUCUGCUACUGCCAAGUACAACAUUGGUUUCUGGAAGCCCGGUUCCGGUAUCAUUCACCAGAUCGUUCUGGAGAACUACGCUUUCCCCGGUGCUCUGAUGAUCGGUACUGACUCUCACACCCCCAACGCUGGUGGUCUCGCCUCGGCCGCUAUCGGUGUCGGUGGUGCUGAUGCCGUUGAUGUCAUGGCUGGCCUUCCUUGGGAACUGAAGGCCCCCAAGGUCAUUGGUGUCAAGCUUACUGGCCAGAUGUCUGGCUGGACUACUCCUAAGGAUAUCAUCCUUAAGGUUGCUGGUCUCCUCACUGUCAAGGGUGGUACUGGUGCCAUCAUUGAGUACCACGGACCUGGUGUUGACUCUUUGUCUUGCACUGGUAUGGGAACCAUCUGUAACAUGGGUGCUGAGAUCGGUGCCACCACCUCCAUGUUCCCCUUCAACGACCGCAUGUACGACUACCUGAAGGCUACCAAGCGUCAGCACAUCGGAAACUUCUCCAGAGAGUACGCCAAGGACCUCCGCGAGGACCAGGGUGCUGAGUACGACCAGCUGAUCGAGAUCAACCUCUCCGAGCUGGAGCCUCACGUUAACGGUCCCUUCACUCCCGACUUGGCUACUCCCAUUUCCAAGUUCAAGGAGGCUGUCAAGACCAACAAGUGGCCUGAGGAGCUCAAGGUCGGUCUGAUCGGUUCUUGCACCAACUCCUCGUAUGAGGAUAUGUCCCGUGCUGCCUCCAUCGCUCGUGACGCCCUUGACCACGGUGUCAAGUCCAAGUCUCUCUUCACCGUUACCCCCGGUUCUGAGCAGAUUCGCGCCACCAUUGAGCGUGACGGUCAGCUCCAGACCCUCGAGGAGUUCGGUGGUGUCAUCCUCGCCAACGCCUGCGGUCCUUGCAUUGGACAGUGGGACCGUAAGGAUGUGAAGAAGGGCGAGCCCAACUCCAUCAUCUCUUCCUACAACCGUAACUUCACUGGCCGUAACGAUGCCAACCCCGCCACCCACGCCUUCGUUGCCUCUCCCGACCUUACCGUCGCCAUGUGCGUUGCCGGUACCCUCAACUUUAACCCUCUCACCGACACCCUCAAGGACAAGGACGGCAAUGACUUCAUGCUCAAGGCCCCCUCCGGUGAUGGUCUCCCUAGCCGGGGCUACGACGCCGGCCGUGACACCUACCAGGCUCCUCCCGCUGACCGUGAGUCCGUCAGCGUCGCUGUUUCCCCCAGCAGUGAGCGUCUGCAGGUUCUUGGUGGAUUCAAGGCUUGGGAUGGCAAGGAUGCCACUGGUAUCCCCAUCCUGAUCAAGUGCCAGGGUAAGACCACCACUGACCACAUCUCCAUGGCUGGUCCCUGGUUGAAGUACCGUGGCCACCUUGACAACAUCUCCAACAACAUGUUGAUUGGUGCUGUCAACGCCGAGAACGGCGAGGCCAACAGCGUCAAGAACGCCUUCACUGGCAAGUACGACGCUGUCCCUGCCACUGCCCGUGACUACAAGGCCCGUGGCAUCCAGUGGGUUGUCAUCGGUGACUGGAACUACGGUGAGGGUUCUUCUCGUGAGCACGCUGCUCUCGAGCCCCGUCACCUUGGUGGCCUUGCCAUCAUCACCCGCAGCUUUGCCCGUAUCCACGAAACCAACUUGAAGAAGCAGGGUAUGCUUCCUCUGACCUUCACUGACCCCGCCGACUACGACAAGAUCAAGCCCGAGGACACCGUCGACCUGCUCUGCACUGAGAUCGCCGUCGGCAAGCCCAUGACCCUCCGUGUCCACCCCAAGGACGGCAGUGCCUCGUUCGACGUCUCGCUCAGCCACACCUUCAACGAGUCUCAGAUCGAGUGGUUCGUUGACGGAUCUGCCCUCAACACCAUGGCCCGCAAGGCUGCUCAAUAAACAAAUAACGACCCCAAGCAAUGAUACCACUUGCUAAGUCGGCCUGUGGCUCGAGGCGCCCCUUGAACACCGGUUGGUGAGAGCUUAUUUGUAAAAUAUGUUUCAUCACUAUUUCUAUCACUUGAUAGGAAGAUACGGCCUUCAUGGUCUAUCCGAUGUGGAAGAGCGGCAUCUGGGGAGGAUGGUGCCUGCUAAUAGUGUUUUAUGAUGGGAAAGGCGGAGUCAAGCUCUGAAAAAUUCUUUACGAUGUUUUGUUUUUUGUCACCUGAGAACUCAUUUCCUUUAUUCCCCUUUCCGAGUUUGGGUGGG